UAGUAGCAGUGAGGCAGUAGUAGUCGCCACCGCCAUUCAUUCGCCACCCAAACAAGUGGCAAAUGGCCGAUGAUUGCUCAGUAUGUUGUCCUUCUUAUUGUUGUCUUUCGACCGGUCUCAUCAAUGAAUGAGCUCCCCCAACGAUGAUGCCACCUAGUUCUCCACGAGUGUGAAACGAACGGCACGGAGCUCCGUGUGUGCGAGUGUCGUCUGCUGGUAGCGUCUGCAGAAAAGCUGCAGGCAGCAGGAGACACAGCUCCACUGACAGUUAACCUGUGUACGACAAGUCACAGGAUCAGGCCAGCAUCUCCAGUCGCCUGUCUGUGGACCAGGUACAAUCGAAACCAUGUCGACGUUUGUGGACAACAAGCAGGGGACCAAGGUCUACAUCCCUGAGGUGGAGUUGCAGCAGCCUGAGAACUACAUGGUGUACCAGAUUGCUGUGGAAGUGGGUCCUGUGUCCUGGAGAGUGCCGCAUCGCUACAAGGACUUUGUGGAGCUGCACGAUAAACUUGUGGCUGACCAUGGUGUGACCAAGGAUUUACUGCCCCCAAAGAAAGUGAUCGGCAACAGAGACCCAGUGUUUGUUGAGAAAAGACGAUCUGCGUUGGAGAUGUACCUGGCCAGCGUACUGACUUUCCUUCUGCACACUAUGCCCAGGGAGCUUGCAAUAUUUCUUGAUUUCCAUAAGUAUGACAUUCUCUUCAUAUUGCAAGAAAUGGCUGUCAAUUUUUUUGAAAAUGGUGAUGAGCAUCUACGUUCAUCAAAGCAUUAUGUGUUCACCCCAUUGCAACUUCAUGCCAUCAGCGAACGCCUCAAGCAGCCCUGCCCUCCUCGUGAAAUGGUAGACAAGAAAUAUGAUUUCAGCCAUGUUCUGGAUUUCUGCUAUCAACUCAACAGCCUUUCAAUUUUGGGCUCGAGUAGUGUUUUUGGCAACAGCAACAUUGUCUACAAUAAUUUAUUAUUUGAGCUGUCUUCAUUUAAAGCAGUGGACUCACUUUACAUCACUAAUCUUCCUGUGGCUAAUAUUUAUGGUGUUGGUUUAUUAAGAGAAAAUCUCAUUUCUCUGAGUGCUCACCAUUGUCGUCUAGAGCGCAUAUCACACGUGCUUCUUUGCGAUGAUGUGCACAAGGAAGCCUCCUCAGCCAGUGAACCUCAACAGGCUUGGAAAAAAAUGACAUGUGUGAACCUUAGCAACAAUGAAAUCAGUGAAAUAGAUGCUUCAGUCAAACUGAUGCCCAGAGUAGAGCAGCUCUUCUUAAAUAACAAUCGGCUCUCCUCUCUGGACAAUUUAACACUUCUUCCACACCUCGCUCAGUUACAUCUUUCUGGAAAUUGUUUUUCAAGUCUUAAUGAACUUCAUCGUAAAAUUGGUAAUGUUGUUCACUUAGAUCUCUCUGAGAAUCAGAUAGUGAGUUUGGAAGGCUUCUCCAAACUGUACUCAUUAGAAACUCUAAAUUUAGCUUCCAAUCAGAUUUCUGAUCUGGAUCAAGUGAAGCACAUUUGCAACCUGCCAUGCCUGGAGAAUGUUGUGCUGACAGGCAAUCCUUUGGCCAUUGUUGUUGAUUAUAGGGUCAAGGUUCUGGAGCAGUUUGGAGCCAGAGCAACGUUAAUAUGUUUGGAUAAUGAGAUAUCAUCUCAAAAAGAGCACGACACAGUUGCUGUUCUGCAAGCUUUGCGCAUUGCUAAGGAAGGCCGGCCUCCACCGUUUGUGUGCUCAUCUACCCCCUAGUUUCCAAUUUCAAAACUAGAGAAUAAUGUGUACAACAUAUACUUGUCUUCAUACCAUCUGCAUGUUUGUCUUAGCAUAAUCACUUGUGUAAUCAUGAAAAGGCCUCAAAAUAUGAAGUGUCCAAUCACAAGCCAACUGUCUAUGUGAUAUGAACCUACAGAAUGAAGAAGAGUGUUCUUUAUUUCAUUUCAGAGUGCAGUAUUCCAUACAUAUUAUAUUAUGUGCCCAUUAUGGAGGUACAGAAGCAAAUGUGUCUCUUACAUUGUAUUUAGUGUCUGUGAUAUAUUGUAUUUUAUUCUGUAAGGUUUAAUUAAAUUUUAAACUGAAGUUUGCAUUUUUGUGAUCAGAUCAGUAGGGAUGCGGUUUAUUGCAUUUUUUCCUUAUUGUUUAUAUAUUUUACCAUGUACAAUCAGUCAAUCUUACUUUUAAUUUCUUAAUUGAUUGAUGGUAUCUGUUGAUUAUGCUUAUUAAGUUUCUUGUUGUUUUCUCUCCUUGUACAAUGAAAUUGUGACGUUGCAAGAAAAUCUUAAACUACUACAUUCAGUUAUUAAAACAUUAAUUGUGAAUUUGUACUUCCCUCCUGUUUUCCCUCCACAAUCCUGGAACCGGAAGUACUGCCACGCGUUCACAGUUCACACCUGAAACAAACUGAAAAGAAAGACGCUAUUUCAAUGAAGUCACCCCACUCCAAGAUUUUGCUCAUUUCCUUAUACACGAUACAACCCUUUUCUCAGUGAAGGGAAAUGACUUCACAUUCCGUCAAGGCCUGUUAGUUGUUGCGGAGUUGCGGGCUGCCUACCCAGCCCGUGUCAUUGUUUAGUGUCGGCUGCUGGAUGCAGCGGCUGCUAGAUUUGACAUUCGGAAUGCUGCAACUGGAGAAGAGACUUGCGUUCUUCGCAAGGAAGUGAAAAAACCUAAUUACUCACGCGAUUCGCUGUGUUGAAUUUUAUAGACUCGUUAAAUAUCAACACAAG